GCGCGCCGUGACGCCACUUCCUCCCUCCCCAAUCCCCUCAGUGAUGGCGACGCGGGUCCGGGUCCCGCCCGGCGCCGCCCCGGAGCCGCUCCCGGUGCAGCUCCUGCCCUGCUGCGUCCAGCACGACGGGCCCGCGCCCGUGGCCGCCUUCCUGCGGGCCCGGCCCGGCUCCGGCGGCGAGCUCUGGGCCUCGUUCCGGGGGCGCCGCUUGGGGGGCCGGGAGCUGCCGCUGCCCCCCGGCUACUCGGGGGUCGUGCUGCGGGGGGGGGAGCCCGGAGACCCCCAGGCCGGGUGGGUGACGCUGACUGGGACCUUUGGGGCCAUCACGGACUGGGGGGGCGACGCUGCCCCCUCCCCCGGCCGGGGCCUGGCCCGGGCCCUGCAGUGGGCACCCCUCGCCCGGGCCCUCCACGCCCCCGUGACUGACAGCGAUGAGGAGGCGGAGCCAUGACAGGCCACGCCCACAACUGGAGCCACGCCCAGAAUGACCACCCACACCCAUCUCAUUAACAUAGCUGGCCACACCCAGUGGGUGGGGCGUAUUUAAACCAGAGUGCCUGAAGCCCCUCCCAGUAUGGGUGGAGCCUGUGGAAGCCCCACCCACUUUAUUAAAAAAAAAAACCCAAAUGCUGUUCACAAGAGGCUCCACCCACAAACGCUGCCACUCCCACUGUGGGUGGAGCCUCCCAGAGCCACACCCACACACGCCCACGCCCAGUGGGUGUGGCCUGGCAGCGCCCCGCCCCUUUCUCGCUCAAUAAAGGAUUUGCAGCGCCA